AAAAGAUCACAGGUCAUAAGAGUCAAUCUAAGAGUUUACCAUAGGUCUUAAUAACAUGCAUACAUAAGCCCUGGAUAGGUAACGCCCGUUUUACAGCCCUGACAGUUAGCUUAAGACGCGCGAUUGGCCAAAGCCUCGUUCCAUCUAGUAAAUAGGAUCACUGUUUUCUUCCUAGGGCGCCUUGCGCGCCCUGGGCUCCACCGGCGGUCACAAUGCUGAAAUUCCUUUUCAAGGAGGAAGACCCGAAGGAGCUAGUGAGGAAAUGGCAAGCAACGCUCCGUGCAGAGCAGCGUGGACUAGAUCGGCAAGUGCGCGACAUUCAGUUUGAAGAGAAGAAGGUUCAGAAGGCCAUCAAGGAAGCUGCCAAGCGCGGGGACAUGGGUUCCGCCAAGCACUUGGCGCGUGAGAUAAUCCAAAGCCGGAGAGCCAUAACGCGGCUGUACGUCAAUAAGGCCCACAUGCAAAGCCUGAGUACGGCACUGACGGAACAAUUAGGUAUGCUGCGGGUGGCUGGCACCUUGAGCAAGAGCACCGAGGUAAUGCGGCAGGUGAACUCCAUUAUCAAGGCUCCGGAGCUGCAGAGGACAAUGAUGGAGAUGUCCAAAGAGAUGAUGAAAGUGGGGUUGAUCGAGGAGAUGAUCAGCGAUGCGAUCGACGGCGCGGUGGGCGGCGAGGAGGAGGAGGAGGAGACGGAGGAGGAGGUGCAGAAGGUGCUUGAUGAGAUCGCGGGAGAGACGCUGGCGGCGCUGCCGGCGGCACGGCGUGCCAAGCAGCGGCAGCCCGCGCAGGCGGUUGAGGCGGAGGCGGAUGACAUGGCGGAGCUGAGGGCGCGACUGGACGCAGUAAAGGUCUAGGACUGGACGCAGUAAAGGUCUAGGGGGGAAAAGGGCUGGACGCAGUAAAGGUCUAGGGGGGAAAAUUAUAUAAUAAAUGCAAACAACUAGAUUCCCAAUCCCAGAGCCCGACUUGUUGCAAUGGGGAGUUGGGAGUGGAGAUCUGGCUGGUGGUAGGGCGUUGAGGCUGCAAUGGAACAGUGGAACGAGGGAAGGAGCGGGCUAGGGGGCGAAGGAACGGGGAGCGACUAUAAUAGCUUUGAGCUGCAAUGAGUCGGGAGGUACAGUGGAGUUAGGGAGUGGGUGACUUAGGGAGUGGGUGAUGACUUAGCGGUGUGUUGGCGGAUGAAGACCAGACGAUGAUAAUGAGGCGCAUGGGAUGUACGGUGCCCGGAUGUGCAAUCGUUUUCACACAUACGUACUGAGCAUGAAGAUAAAGGUACGGCGGGAUGUACACCAUGAAAGUUAGGUUGUACAACAUAUAUGCAGAGGGGGUACUUGCAGCCGUAUGCUGUAGCAGUGUUUUCUGAUUAGGUCCGCCGGACUUUGCGUAUAUAGUGGA